AUGUGGGUUCAGCGUCGCCCAUCCGAGUGGAACAGUUCUAUACAGAGGAAGUCUACGAUAUCCUUAUUGUUAACGGAGUGGAGUAUUCUGGGCUGGCGGAUUGGUCCACAAAACAUCACACCGUCCACGAGCAUAUACUGGUCCUCCGACAACGACUACGCCCGCCUCGGCUGGAGGCUGUGCGCCGACGCGGUGCCGACGCCCUCCCCUCCGCUGACGGACGUGCCGCCCACGCCCCCGCCGGCGACGCCCGCGCUGGCGCAGAUGUGGGCCGCAGCCAGCGGCGCGUGCACGGUGAAUGGCAGCUGCGUGGAGAGCCCCAACUACCCACAGAACUACGGCUCGAGCCAGGCGUGCACCCUUGAGGUCAACCUGGCGCUUGCGGCGCCCAUCCAGGUGGAGAGCUUCGACGUGGAGUCGUACUUCGACUACCUCCUCGUCAACGGGAAGAGAUACUACGGGACAAGCGGCCCCACGGGCGUCACGCCCCUGUCGAGCGUGACGUGGUCCUCCGACCACGAGGGGACCCGGAGCGGCUGGAGGCUGUGCGCCGAGUCGCUGGCUCCCACGCCGAGCGCCCCCGACUUCUGGAGCAGCGUCAGCGGCCCGUGCACCGCCUCGGGCGGUUGCGUGCGCUCCCCAAAUUUCCCAGGGUACUAUUCUCUGGAGCACUCUUGCUACAUCGAGAUUGCCAGUCCAUCAGUCUUGGUCUCGGUAACUGCAUUUCAUUCAGAGAGGGGCGGGGAUUACAUGAUGAUAAACGGGGAGGAGUACUCUGGCAGUCUCCCAAACUUUGGAAUAAUUGAUGUCAAAGCAAAUAUCCAGCUUGGACUUCAGACUUCGCCUUAA